UGGAAACAGCUUAAAAUACGGGCUUGGUCUGUGGCAGGUAUUCAAGAGUGGAUUAUUCCGAACGUUAAAUAUUUUUAUACAAUUUGGUAUAUACUCAGGUUAGCGAGCUGUGAUGUUUCAGAUAUGUGAGCGAUCAGUGAACUAUGUUGCAAAAUUCGUUCGGAUUGUAUGAAAUACUAAUAGUUUAUUUAUCUCUUUUAUAGAUAUAAUAUUACAAAGUCUAAAUACGAUUGCGAGGAUUUGUAUUACAAAGAUAUAUACCCAGUGGAUCUGAAAAUAGUUUUAACAUUAUAGAACAAAGACUUGUUCGUGUACAGAAGCUGCUAUAUUGCAUCAAUCGUUUUACUUCCGGCUGUUACAAUAAGAACAGACUCGUGUCAUCUUAAAAAAGAUCAAUAGAAGGGAGUGCUUCUUAAGACAGCGGAAGCAACCAAUCCAGCUAGGAGAAAGUUGAACAUCACUGAAACUACCGAGUGGACACACACAAACGUCCCAAUCGCCCACAAAGUUGCUAUCGUCAGUCAGACUCUGAGUCAUAGACCGACAUAGGCGUGAGAGCAACUAGUACCUCUCUACAGUCGAGUGAUUUUAUUCUCUUGCUAUUAUCCCACACCUUCUCCCGCGUUCUUCUAUAGCGAUGGAAGUUGCUUCGUUCUACCACGAAGAUAACUUGGUUAAUUACGACCAACAGUCAUCACCAAGCUCGGUCGGCAGCGCAGGCAGUACAGACAUCGGGGUAGUGUCCGCUAUUUGUCCACCCUACGGAGGGGUUGAAUUUAAUAAAGACGUAGUUUUGAAGAAUAUGAACUUAAAUUUAGACGGGCCACACACACAGCUGAAACAACAUUUGAAGCCGAUAGAAAAUACCGUUAUAGCUUCACAUUCUAGUGUUGUUCAACAGAACAAUACUCAUCAUCAAAACGGAAAUACGCAUCACAGGCUGAAUAACGGCAGCGUAAUCAACGGACAAGCUGCUCAACACCACGGCGUAAUCACCAACGCAUACGGAACUCUCGGAUCGGCUUAUACUCUCGCAUCGCCCGACGUUAAUAUGUUAAAGCUCGGCUCACCGGAUCUUGAGCGGCUGAUGGGACACAACCCGCACAUUCACAACAACGGGCAGUACAUGCAGCAGAAACAGCAUAUUACGUCGGGCGUGACUCAGGAACAAGAAAUGUAUGCUCAGGGAUUUGAAAGAGAAUUAGAAAGGCUCAAAUCUCGAAGCGGCAGUAAUCCUGAUAUACCGGCUUCGGGCAUUCAGUCUGCCGCCAGUAUAGGCGCUGAAUCGUCGCCUUGCUCUGUGAUAACAACCGGCGCAAGUCAACAGCAAAUGGUCAGGCAACUUCAGCCAUACGUGUCAGAACAGUAUUAUCAACAUCCAUCAGCAACGUCGGGUAUGGCAAUAAAUCAGGUGCUUGGAGGAACAAUACAUCAUAUGAGCAAUCCAGCUCUCGCCCAUUUAAAAGAAGAGCCUUCUCAAAUCGUGCCUGUCAUGUCAAACACACCGCCUAUGUCACCAAUAGACCUCGUAAACCAAGAAGUGAUGAAAUCAGAAAGAAAACGCCAGAGAAAUCGUGUAGCUGCCAGCAAAUGCAGAAAGCGUAAGCUUGAAAGAAUAUCCAGACUCGAAGACAAAGUAAAAAGUCUUAAAACCCAAAACAUGGAACUUUCAACAAAUGCGAAUAUCUUGCGACAACAAGUGGCCGAUCUCAAGUCAAAAGUUAUGGCUCAUGUUAACUCUGGGUGUCAGCUUAUGAUGAGCCAACAGCAAGUCAAUUUUUGAUUUUAUUUCAAAAAUUGAAACAUGAAUCGCGACAUGUGAAGAUUUGUCGGUUUCAGAGGAUGCCACGUCGCCGAACUGAUAUCGCGCGACCAGUGGUGGAUGCUGGUGUGGGAGGUUGGACCAGUGAGUUGAAAACACUAUAUUACACACAUGGUAUCCAAGAAAAUACACUUACAUAAAUUUGUAUCGCUUACCCAAAUUUCAACAAUUGGAUGUGAUAAAAUGUUUCAGUUGGUUGAAGGCUGCGGCAAGCAGAGAAUAGUGAAUACUAAAAACGGAUGAAUAUUUACUGUGACGGUUACUGUGCUAUUGCUAUAUUAUGUACUUUUAGUCUUUUCUACAAUUCGCUAUUUUGAGACGUACCCCGAUGCAAUGUGUUAUUCAAUUUAAUAAUUUUAUUUUAACUUCCACAAGUAUAUUGGGGCAUACAAAAUCUAGAAACUUGAUUAAAUUAAUCCAAGCAUAUGGCUUCAAAAGAGUUUGGCGGGCAGUCACGUUUGUGAAAUAUUAUACACUAUACAACAGCCGCUAAGCGGCUGCUGUUGGUCUAUCGAGGCAUAGAGUAGCACAUACAGGAAGCGCAACCGCAGUUCCUUCUAACUCAGUUUAACCCAGAAACGUUAAGCAGUAGUCUCCGUUGUGUUCACAUCGUUAUUCUGAUCUAUACGCCAAAGCACGUCACUACAAUAUUGUAUAUUCCAACGUAGUUUUCCGUAAAGGAAAUAUCUUGAAAAUUGUUUUGUGCAAUAUUGUUGUUUAUCUGGCUAUGAAUAUUGUUUCGUUAUAUUUUUCCUAACGGGUUAAAUUGCUAUAGUAAGCUCAAACUGCCUCGAUAUGCUAUCUGAUAUUAAAUGCCUUUGAAGCCAUCCAGAUAUAUAUUACAAUAAAUGAUAAUAUCUGCUUGUUCGA